CGGGUUUUAAAAAACGCCAGCCCAACUCUGCGGAGCGGGCCGUUUGAACCCCAGACAGUGCCGCUGGUGCACUAUUCUGCGGGCGCACGUGGUCGGGGCGCCCCUAGACCUGACCUGGACACCAGCCUUGACCCCCGAACCCAGAAGGCGGGGAAGGAACCGCGGGGCCGAGACCCUCUGCGUCAGCCAUGGGCCCGCGCCGCCGGAAGCGCAAGACCGAAACACCAAGGAGACGCACCGCUAGCCCGACCCCCGCCACCCCACGUCCGACCCCCGCCACCCCACGUCCGCCCCCUUCCAGAGGCCCUUCCUUCCGUCGUCGGUACCGGAGACAUCUGGUUCUGAGGGAGAUCAAAAAUCUUCAGAAGAGCACACACCUUUUGUUAAGGAAGGCCCCCUUCUGCCGCCUGGCAAGAGAAAUAUGUGUUAAAUUCACUCGUGGUGUGGACUUCAGUUGGCAAGCUCACGCCCUGCUGGCCCUACAGGAGGCAGCAGAAGCCUUUCUGGUGCAUCUCUUUGAGGACGCCUACCUCCUCUCCCUCCACGCCGGCCGCGUCACCCUCUUCCCGAAGGACGUGCAGCUGGCCAGGAGGAUCCGAGGCAUCGAGGAGGGGCUCGGCUGAGCUGCCCCUGCCCGGGUCCGUGUGUCCGGCUCGCCAAGGGAAGAUACCAGGGACUCCAGCUGGGAGUCCGAGGUGCUGGCUGGACUUGGUGUUUCUGAGUCGAGUGCGCAUGUUGCUUUUGUAACUGGUUCUUUUAAAAAGGAGUGGGCUGCCGGGCUUCCCUCUGCAGCUGAGGACGCGGAUGAGAAAGUCAGCGUGGUCCCGGGGGCCUGGGGGCUGCUUCCAGACAGAGGGGCUCCGAGGUUGACUGCAGUUUGUAAAUUAUUCGUAUGGCUGCUUCGUGAUUUUGGAGACAUCAGAUUUGCUGAUAUCUGCGUGCUGUCUGAGAUCUUCCUGGACCAUUUAAAGCUUUUACCAUACGUAUAUUUACUUGUGUUUAACACGGAAGGG